AUGAAUCUUGAAACGAGACUCACAGACACGUUGAACGAUGUGCUUCGAACAUCAGGCUACAUCUUCGAGAUGAUCAACAAUAACAAGAGACAAAGCAACCUCAUCACAGGCCCUAAUAACCAGCUAAUACCUCCACAGGUUACCAAUCAGCUCACACUAAGCAUUGCACAGUUUGACCAGAUUCUUGACGAAACAGUCAGCAAGUUCAAUGAUGCGCGUUGGUGUAUUGAGCAAAUGGUGGAGAGUAAGCAAAAGCAAGAGGAGUUGCGGAUUCAGGAGGAACUAGAGAGACAGAAAAAGGCGGAGGCAGAGAGAAAGCGCAAGGAGGAAGAGGCAGCGGCACUCCGGAAGAAAGAGGAGGAGAAGCGGCUUGCAGAGGAGAAGGCUCGCAAAGAGGAGGAAGAGCGAAUCGAGCGUGAAGCCAAGGAGAAGAGAGAAAGAGAGUUGCGGGAAGCCGAAGAGAGGAAGCAAAAGGAGCAGCCACAAAUGGACGAUAUCAUGGACUCUGGAUUCGACUUUGAUAUGGAUAUGGACAAGGGAUUGGAUAUUCCGAACCCAUCGGAUAUCUUGUCGUCGAUGAAUUUCAAGGAUGGAGAACAGCCAUCUAACAAGAAGAAGAGUAUUGACGAUAUGGAUUUGGAUAUGAACAAUGUAUUGGGAGGCGAGCAGUCGUUGCUAGAUGAAUUUAAUAUGGAUAUGUUGGGUAAGGAUAUGGACGGUGGCAUGGGAGGAGCAGAGGAGGAGUUUGAUGUCGAUAACUUCUUGAAUCAAUUUGGAAAUGGAGACUAG